AUGUCCGCUAUCGAGCCAGUUGUCGUCAUUGACGGCAAGGGACACCUCCUUGGUCGCCUGGCCAGCACUGUUGCUAAGCAGUUGCUCAAUGGCCAGAAGAUCGUCGUCGUGAGAUGUGAAGCCCUCAACAUCUCCGGCGAGUUCUUCCGCGCGAAGCUCAAGUACCACGCCUACCUUCGCAAGAUAACUCGUUUCAACCCUACUCGCGGAGGUCCCUUCCACUUCCGUGCUCCUUCCCGCAUCUUCUACAAGGCCGUCCGCGGAAUGAUGCCUCACAAGACCGCCCGUGGUGCUGCCGCCCUUGAGAGACUCAAGGUUUUCGAGGGUGUCCCCCCUCCUUACGACAAGAAGAAGCGUGUGGUUGUUCCCCAGGCUCUCCGUGUUCUUCGCCUUCGCCCCGGCCGCAAGUACUGCACCGUCGGUAGACUCAGCCACGAAGUCGGCUGGAAAUACCAGGACGUCGUUGCCAGACUUGAGGAGCGGAGAAAGGUUAAGAGCAGUGCAUACUACGAGCGCAAGAAGGCUGCCCGCCGCCAACUUGCCCAGGCUCAAAAGUCGGCGAGCAUUAACGACAGCACCAAGACCCAGCUCGCUGAGUUCGGAUUCUAG